AUGUCAUCACCGACGCAAAUGGCUUCGCUCGCCAUUCUCGUUUCCCUCGUGUGCGCAGCGCUUGCCUCCGAUGCCGCGGCCGUCCGCGUGGAGCUCACGCGCAUCCACGCCGACCCCAGCUUGAUCGCGUCCCAGUUCGUCCGCGACGCCCUGCGCCGCGACAUGCACCGGCACAACGCCCGGCAGCUAGCUGCGUCGUCGUCCGACGGCACGGUGUCCGCGCCGACCCAGAUCUCGCCCACCCCCGGGGAGUACCUGAUGACGCUGGCCAUCGGCACGCCACCGCUGUCCUACCAGGCCAUCGCCGACACGGGCAGCGACCUCAUCUGGACGCAGUGCGCGCCUUGCAGCUCCCAGUGCUUCCAGCAGCCGACGCCGCUGUACAACCCGUCCAGCUCCACCACGUUCGGCGUGCUCCCGUGCAACAGCUCGCUGAGCAUGUGCGCGGCGGCGCUGGCCGGGACGACCCCGCCGCCGGGGUGCGCGUGCAUGUACAACCAAACGUACGGCAGCGGGUGGACGUUUGUCUUCCAGGGGUCCGAGACGUUCACGUUCGGGUCGUCCACGCCGGCUAACCAGGCCCGCGUCCCGGGCAUCGCCUUCGGAUGCAGCAACGCGAGCGGCGGCUUCAACACCUCGUCGGCGUCCGGCCUCGUCGGGCUGGGCAGGGGGAGCCUGUCGCUCGUCUCCCAGCUCGGUGUCCCCAAGUUCUCCUACUGCCUCACGGCGUACCAGGACACCAACAGCACCAGCACGCUCCUCCUCGGGCCGUCGGCGUCGCUCAACGACACCGGCGUCAGCUCCACGCCUUUCGUCGCCGGCCCUUCCAGUGCGCCCAUGAGCACCUACUACUAUCUCAACCUCACCGGCAUAUCCCUCGGCACGACGGCACUGUCCAUCCCGCCCAACGCCCUCUCGCUGAAGGCAGACGGCACCGGCGGCUUCAUCAUCGACUCUGGCACCACCAUCACAUUACUGGGAAACACGGCGUACCAGCAGGUCCGCGCCGCGGUCGUCUCCCUGGUGACGCUGGCCACGACAGACGGGUCGGCAGCCACGGGGCUCGACCUGUGCUUCGAGCUGCCGUCCUCAACGUCGUCGCCGCCGGCCAUGCCGAGCAUGACGCUCCACUUCGACGGCGCGGACAUGGUGCUCCCGGCGGAGAGCUACAUGAUGUCGGACUCCGACUUGUGGUGCCUGGCCAUGCAGAACCAGACCGACGGCGGGUUAAGCAUUCUCGGCAACUACCAGCAGCAGAACAUGCACAUCCUCUACGACGUUGGGCAGGAGACAUUGUCGUUUGCUCCGGCCAAGUGCAGCACGCUCUGA